AUGAGCUCUAUUCCGCCUCCACCUCCACCAGGGUGGUCGGCCGCUCCUCCGCCGCCUGGCAUGGCACCACCGCCUCCCGGCUAUCGUCCUCCAGCCGAUCCACAGGUUGCGAAGUUCGCUCAGAAGAAAAAGGAAUGGCUGCGGACACAGAGAAACCGCUUUGCAGAAAAACGGAAGGGUGGUUUUGUGGAGACACAAAAGGCGGAUAUGCCACCUGAACAUCUGCGCAAGAUCGUGAAGGAUAUUGGCGAUGUCAGUCAGAAGAAGUUCAGCACCGACAAGAGGAGCUAUCUCGGCGCCCUGAAAUUUAUGCCACAUGCGGUCCUCAAGCUGCUCGAAAACAUGCCAAUGCCUUGGGAGUCUGCUCGGGAGGUCAAAGUCCUGUAUCAUGUCAAUGGUUGUCUUACGCUGGUCAACGAGAUACCAAGGGUUAUAGAACCAGUCUUCCAUGCGCAGUGGGCCACCAUGUGGGUAUGCAUGAGGCGGGAGAAGAGCGAUCGAAGACAUUUCAAGAGGAUGAGAUUUCCACCGUUCGAUGAUGAAGAACCGCCUCUGUCCUGGACAGAGAAUAUUGAGGAUGUUGAGCCCUUGGAACCCAUCCAAAUGGAGCUGGAUGAGAACGAAGAUGGGCCAGUGUAUGAGUGGUUUUACGACCAUAGACCCUUGAUCGACACUCCCCAUGCGAAUGGGCCCAGCUACAAGGAAUGGAACCUCACAUUACCACAGAUGGCAACUUUGUAUCGGUUGAGCCAUCAACUGCUUAGCGACGUUGUGGACAAGAAUUAUUUCCAUAUGUUUGACAGAGAAAGCUUCUUCACAGCCAAAGCACUAAAUGUUGCCAUUCCAGGCGGGCCCAGGUUCGAGCCGCUGUACAAGGAUGUGGAUCCGAAUGAUGAGGACUUCGGAGAGUUCAAUGCUAUUGAUCGCAUCAUCUUCAGAGCCCCUAUCAGGACAGAGUAUCGCGUUGCGUUUCCCUACCUCUACAAUUCGCUGCCGAGAAGUGUCAAAUUGUCGUGGUAUUCCUAUCCUCAGGUUGUUUACGUGCGCUCCGAAGACCCAAAUUUACCUGCUUUCUAUUUUGAUCCUGUCAUCAAUCCUAUUUCCUCACGGUCGGUCGCGCCAAAGAACAUUACCGUCAGCCACGAAGAUGAGAUAUUCGGGCCAGGUAAUAACGAAGACGACGAAUUCGAGUUGCCAGGAAAUGUGGAACCAUUUUUGGCGGAUGAAGAACUCUAUACCGCUGAGACGGCUUCAGCUAUCUCCCUCUGGUGGGCGCCAUUCCCCUUCGACCGUCGGUCGGGGAAGAUGGUGCGAGCUCAAGACGUACCAUUGGUAAAGCGAUGGUAUCUAGAGCAUUGCCCCCAGGGCCAGCCCGUAAAGGUCAGGGUAUCCUACCAGAAGCUGUUGAAAUCGUACGUCCUUAAUGAGUUGCACAAGAAGAAGCCAAAAGCUCAGAAUAAACAAUACCUCCUCAAAACCCUUAAGUCUACAAAGUUCUUCCAGCAAACAACCAUAGACUGGGUCGAAGCGGGCCUGCAGGUGUGUCGACAGGGUUUCAACAUGCUGAACCUCCUCAUUCAUCGCAAGAAUUUGACAUAUUUGCACCUGGACUAUAACUUCAAUCUCAAGCCUGUCAAGACUUUGACGACAAAAGAGCGCAAGAAGUCCAGAUUUGGAAACGCCUUUCAUUUGAUGCGGGAAAUUCUUAGAUUGACGAAAUUGAUCGUUGAUGCCCAGGUCCAGUAUCGGCUGGGCAAUAUCGAUGCGUUCCAAUUAGCCGACGGGAUCCUAUAUGCCUUCAACCACGUUGGUCAGCUGACGGGCAUGUACCGUUACAAGUAUAAGCUCAUGCAUCAAAUCCGAUCCUGUAAAGAUCUCAAACAUUUGAUCUACUAUCGCUUCAAUUCUGGACCGGUUGGUAAGGGGCCUGGUUGUGGAUUUUGGGCACCAGCCUGGCGGGUGUGGCUCUUCUUCAUGCGUGGCAUUAUUCCCCUGCUCGAACGAUGGCUCGGCAAUCUACUUUCUCGGCAAUUCGAAGGUCGUCAUAGUAAGGGUGUUGCGAAGACAGUCACGAAGCAGCGAGUUGAGUCGCAUUUCGAUCUCGAACUACGCGCUUCAGUCAUGGCAGAUUUGAUGGACAUGAUGCCUGAAGGCAUCAAGCAAAACAAAGUCAAUACUGUCUUACAGCAUCUUUCCGAAGCCUGGAGAUGUUGGAAGAGUAAUAUUCCAUGGAAAGUGCCUGGGCUCCCUGCCCCUAUUGAGAAUAUCAUUCUCCGCUACGUCAAAAGUAAAGCCGACUGGUGGAUUUCGGUAGCACACUACAACCGCGAGCGAAUACGAAGAGGCGCCACUGUUGACAAAACUGUGGCAAAGAAAAAUCUUGGUCGAUUGACUCGAUUGUGGCUGAAAUCUGAGCAAGAGAGACAGCACAACUACAUGAAGGAUGGCCCUUAUGUAUCAUCUGAGGAAGCAGUCGCUAUUUAUACAACCACAGUGCACUGGCUCGAGUCCCGAAAAUUCUCCCCAAUUCCGUUUCCAAGCGUAUCCUACAAGCAUGACACCAAAAUCCUGAUUCUAGCGCUCGAAAGAUUACGGGAAGCCUACUCCGUCAAAGGCCGUUUGAAUCAAAACCAAAGAGAGGAGCUGGCUCUUAUCGAGCAAGCGUAUGAUUCUCCAGGCACCACGCUUGCGAGAAUCAAGCGCUUUCUCCUAACUCAACGAGCUUUCAAAGAAGUCGGUAUCGACAUGAACGAUAACUACAGCACAAUAAAUCCUGUGUACGACAUCGAACCAAUCGAAAAGAUUACAGAUGCAUAUCUUGAUCAAUACCUCUGGUAUCAGGCUGAUCAGCGUCAUCUGUUUCCGGCAUGGAUCAAGCCGUCCGAUUCAGAAGUGCCACCCUUACUAACCUACAAAUGGGCUCAGGGUAUCAACAACCUCACCAAAGUCUGGGAAACCGAGGAUGGCCAGUGCAACGUGAUGAUCGAAACACAGCUAUCGAAAGUCUACGAGAAAAUUGAUCUGACAUUGCUCAAUCGUCUUCUGCGGUUGAUCAUGGAUCACAACCUGGCUGAUUACAUUACAUCAAAGAACAACGUUCAGCUGAACUAUAAGGACAUGAAUCACACAAACAGCUACGGCAUGAUCCGUGGACUUCAGUUUUCUGGAUUCGUAUUUCAGUAUUAUGGAUUGGUCACCGACUUAUUGUUGCUCGGCCUGCAGCGUGCCAGUGAGAUUGCAGGCCCUCCCCAAAGCCCAAACGACUUCUUGCAGUUCCGAGACCGUGAGACCGAGACGCGUCAUCCGAUCAGGUUGUACACUCGAUAUAUCGACAAGAUAUGGGUAUUCUUCAGGUUCACCGCAGACGAGUCACGCGAUUUAAUCCAGCGCUUUUUAACCGAACAACCAGAUCCGAAUUUUGAAAACGUCAUCGGUUACAAGAACAAGAAAUGCUGGCCACGAGAUUCUCGCAUGAGACUGAUGCGACACGACGUCAAUCUGGGCCGAGCAGUUUUCUGGGAUCUCAAGAACCGCUUGCCUCGAUCAGUUACCACCAUCGAAUGGGACGACACCUUUGCUAGCGUUUACAGCAGGAACAAUCCAAACCUGCUGUUCUCAAUGUGUGGGUUUGAGGUGCGGAUUCUGCCUAAGAUCAGAAAUCAGGCCGAGGAAUUCCCUGUCAAGGAUAGUGUAUGGGCUUUAGCGGAUAAUACGACCAAAGAGAGGACAGCACAUGCCUUCUUGCAGGUCACUGAAGAAGAUAUUCAGAAGUUCAACAACAGAAUACGACAGAUUUUGAUGUCUUCGGGAUCGACAACAUUCACCAAGAUUGCCAACAAGUGGAACACGACUUUGAUCGCUCUCUUUACUUACUACAGGGAGGCCGCUGUUUCUACGAUCAAUCUGCUUGACACCAUUGUCAAAUGCGAGACCAAAAUCCAAACCCGUGUUAAAAUAGGUUUGAAUUCAAAAAUGCCUUCGCGGUUCCCCCCUGCUGUAUUUUAUACACCAAAGGAAUUGGGCGGCUUGGGCAUGAUAUCAGGCUCGCACAUUCUGAUCCCUACUAGCGAUAAGCGUUGGUCGAAGCAAACAGACACGGGCGUGACACAUUACCGGGCUGGGAUGUCACAUGACGAAGAGACAUUGAUCCCGAACAUCUUCAGAUAUAUCAUACCCUGGGAAGCUGAGUUCAUCGAUUCUCAGAGAGUCUGGACAGAGUACUCGCAAAAGCGGAUGGAAGCGAAUCAACAGAAUCGUCGACUUACGCUGGAAGACCUAGAAGAUAGCUGGGAUCGUGGUCUCCCACGGAUCAAUACACUGUUUCAGAAAGAUCGAAGCACCCUUAGCUUUGACAAGGGUUUCCGAGCCCGGACAGAAUUCAAAACAUACCAGUUGAUGAAGAGCAAUCCAUUUUGGUGGACCAGUCAACGACACGAUGGAAAGUUGUGGAAUCUGAAUGCCUACAGAACAGAUGUCAUCCAGGCGCUUGGCGGUGUGGAGACUAUCUUGGAGCACACUCUGUUCAAGGCGACAGCCUUUCCAUCUUGGGAAGGCUUGUUCUGGGAGAGAGCAUGUCUCGCCAAUGGGACUAUGCUGUUGCGCUAUGAUGGCUCUAAGGUCGCCGUCGAAGAUGUCGUGGAAGGAGAUCUACUUCUCGGUCCCGAUGGUGGUUCCCGUCGCGCAUUCAACGUCGUGAAAGGUACGGAUAGGCUGUAUCGUAUUAAGAUUGGUUCUCGCAAAGAGGAUCUGGUUGUUACGCCAAACCACAUCUUGGUUCUACACCGGGUGGUAGCUGAGCGAUAUGAUACCGUUGAGAUGACCGCUGCCGAAUUCGCUUCUCUUGAGCCAGAAGAGAGAGCCAAACACAGGCUCUUCAGAUGUCCUGAUUUUGAGCUACCCAAGCAGAAUGUGCCAGUCAACCCCUAUUUUCUGGGCCUGUGGCUGGGAGAUGGCAGGCGUAAUAGCAGUACCAUCUACCGCAAUCACGAAGCUGCAGUCCGGGAGUUUCUUGCCUGUUACGCGCGCAAAAAACCAGUCGAGCGUUUCAACCCACAAGCGCAUAGCUUCAUCAUUAAGGACAUCGUGCUCGAAGCUGAGCCCACGAAAUGGGCUGGUUUCCGGGUCGACAAGGACCAACUGUACUUGCGACACGACUACCUUGUGCUCCACAACAGCGGCUUCGAAGAAUCUAUGAAAUUCAAGAAACUGACAAAUGCUCAGCGAUCUGGUCUCAACCAGAUUCCGAAUCGUCGAUUUACAUUGUGGUGGUCGCCAACCAUCAAUCGAGCCAACGUCUAUGUAGGAUUUCAGGUUCAGCUCGACCUGACUGGCAUCUUCUUGCAUGGAAAGAUCCCCACGUUAAAAAUCUCACUCAUUCAGAUCUUCCGUGCGCAUUUGUGGCAGAAGAUUCACGAGUCUGUGGUCAUGGAUCUGUGCCAAGUUUUCGACCAGGAGCUUGAACAGCUGGGUAUUGAGACAGUACAGAAGGAGACGAUCCAUCCCCGAAAGUCAUACAAAAUGAACAGCUCUUGCGCAGAUAUUCUCCUCUUUGCAAGUCACAAAUGGAACGUUACACGACCUUCCCUUCUAUUUGACACCAAGGACCAGAUUGAAGCAACUACGACAAACAAGUUCUGGAUUGACGUUCAGCUACGGUACGGCGAUUACGAUUCGCAUGAUAUUGAAAGAUAUGUCAGAGCCAAAUACCUUGACUACACCACCGACAGCAUGAGUAUAUACCCUUCCGCUACAGGUUUGAUGAUAGGAAUCGAUCUGGCGUACAAUCUAUACUCAGCCUAUGGACAAUACUUCCCUGGUCUCAAAGCGCUCGUUCAGCAAGCGAUGGCGAAGAUCAUGAAAGCAAAUCCUGCGUUGUAUGUGCUCCGAGAGCGCAUUCGAAAGGGACUUCAGCUUUAUGCUUCUGAAAGUACUCAGGAAUUCCUCAACUCACAAAACUACUCCGAGCUGUUCAGCAAUCAAACACAGCUUUUCAUCGAUGACACAAAUGUGUAUCGGGUCACCAUCCACAAGACGUUCGAGGGUAAUUUGACAACAAAACCAAUUAAUGGGGCGAUCUUCAUAUUCAACCCGCGGACUGGUCAACUAUUUUUGAAGAUUAUUCACACAAGUGUAUGGGCUGGACAAAAGCGACUUGGACAGCUUGCUAAAUGGAAGACUGCCGAAGAAGUUGCUGCCCUCAUUCGCUCCUUACCAGUUGAUGAGCAGCCAAAGCAACUGAUAGUCACUCGGAAAGGUCUUCUUGACCCGUUGGAAGUGCAUCUGCUCGACUUUCCAAACAUCUCUAUUCGAGCUUCAGAACUGCAAUUACCAUUUCAAGCAGCGAUGAAGGUAGAAAAACUGGCAGACAUGAUUCUUCGUGCUACAGAACCCCAAAUGGUGCUUUUCAACCUCUACGACGAAUGGCUCAAGACGGUAUCCUCAUACACUGCCUUUUCGCGGCUAGUACUUAUUUUGAGAGCAUUGCACGUCAACACCGACAAGACGAAGCUCCUGUUGCGACCAGACAAGACAGUUAUCACCCAAGCACAUCACAUAUGGCCGUCGCUGUCGGAUGAGGACUGGAUCAAAGUUGAAGUGCAGCUCCGUGAUCUGAUCUUAAAUGACUAUGGCAAGAAGAACAACGUCAAUACCCAAUCUCUCACAAGCAGCGAGGUGCGAGACAUCAUUCUUGGGAUGGAAAUAUCAGCACCAUCGAUGCAACGGCAACAAGCGGCAGAGAUCGAGAAGCAACAGCAGGAACAACAGCAGUUGACGGCAGUGACCACCAAGACGCAGAACGUUCGGGGUGAAGAGAUCGUUGUCACUACGACAUCACAAUAUGAGCAACAGGCAUUUGCGUCCAAGACGGAAUGGAGAACUCGGGCCAUUGCUACAUCGAACCUGCGGACGAGAGCAAACAACAUUUACAUAUCCUCGGACGAUAUGCAUGAGUCGGAAGACCGCUACACCUACAUCCUGCCCAAAAACGUUCUCAAGCGCUUCAUUGCCAUUGCUGAUCUGAGGGUGCAAGUUGCUGGCUAUCUAUAUGGAUCUUCUCCACCCGACAACGAUCGAGUAAAGGAGAUCCGCACGAUUGUGAUGGUUCCACAGGUUGGCAAUACUCGCGAUGUGCAGCUUCCUCAGCAGUUGCCACAGCACGAGUACCUGAAAAGCAUGGAGCCUUUGGGUAUCAUUCAUACAGUGUCUGGCAACGAAGCACCGUACAUGACAGCAGCAGAUGUUACUAUGCACUCGCGUCUGAUGGCCGCCCACCCGGCUUGGGACAAGAAGACGAUUACCUUGACCGUCUCCUUCACUCCAGGAUCGGUCUCUCUAUCGUCGUGGGCACUCACACCCGCCGGCUACACCUGGGGAGCACAAAACAAGGACACGUCAUCCGACUCUCCUGCCGGCUUCAGCACUUCCUUUGGAGAGAAGUGUCAAUUGCUGCUGAGCGACAAGAUUCGGGGCUAUUUUCUGGUGCCUGAAACGGAGCAAUGGAAUUACAGUUUCAUGGGAGCGGCGUUUGCGAGCGUGGAGAAGAGGCCAGUGUAUUGCAAGAUUGACCAGCCACGGCCGUUCUACGAUGCUAUGCAUCGGCCGGUGCAUUUUAGCUCAUUUGCCGAGCUGGAAGUCUCUUUUGAUCGGGAAGAUGUGUUCGCUUAG